AUGGGAGAUACCAUCAGUGUUGAUGUUGUUGUUACUCUAUCCACAGUUGAAACUCUUGAGCAGAUUGAACGAAAGCGCAAUUAUCCACUCUACAUUCACAACUCAAACACUCCUGGUAGUGUUCUCACCACAGUACAACUCACAGGGACGGAGAACUAUGCUUUAUGGAGCAGAUCCAUGAUGAUUAAUCUUCGAACCAAAAGUAAGCUAGGGUUCGUGUUGGGGACAUGCAAGAGGGAGGAUUAUGAUGGUGAAUUGGAAGAGCAGUGGGAGAAGUGUAAUGCUUUUGUGCUCGCAUGGAUCAUGAACACUGUGUCGAAGGAAUUACUAAGUGGCAUUGUGCAUGCUACAGAUGCGGCCAUGGUUUGGGCAGAUCUGAAGGAGAGAUUUGACAAAGUUGAUGGAUCAAGGGAAUAUCAAUUACACAGGGAGAUCUGCACAAUUUAUCAAGGUAACUUGACAGUUUCUGCCUAUUUUUCUAAGUUGAGGCUAUUAUGGGAUUAG